UGCUCCUGAAGGAGCAGCCGAAAGCGUGGGGUACAACUUGCCCGUAUCGUGCGCAAUCUCUAGGUGGUCCGGCGUCCAAUGCCUAUUCCACAAGGCAGUGUCAGCAACGGCUAGUCUAGCUCCGACUGAGACAGGACUUCUGCGCGAAGUAGGCGUCCCUGUUCACCCCAUAUGCGGAUUGAGAGUUCCGCUCCUCUAUCCCCAUGCAAAGAACCGAUUCUCCCAUUACAAGGGCUAGGCCAUCUGAUGGCAGCCGCGACCCCCGACCUUUGUUUUUGGAAGCUAUGCACUCUGAACUACAUGCCGAGAUCAUAUAUAUCCCUGACCCGGGCGGAAGCGAGGAAAGUUCGCGAGCGUCAAGGUGUGGUCAUCGGCCUGCUUAGACGCGCGAAUUGCACGAAGACAGGAGCGGUCUUACGAAGUGACGCGGCUGAACAAAUGGAGCACGAGAGCUGAAACAAAUUUUGUGAGAGUCCAGGAUCACCUAAGGCGUAUUCGCUGGUGCAAAUCAAGCACUAUAGGCAUGAUCCGAUAUCGAAAAAGUCGGCGCAUGUGCGCAAUCCGACUCCACAAAGUCUUGACCAGCGGGACAUUUACGAAGGGUGCACAGCGUACCAGUACCAGGAAAUCAGAUCCUUGGCAUGACUGGAAAUAUUCCAAAAAUCGAUUUCCUCACGUGCAGACCAUGAGCAUACGAUCGGGCAUCGGGCAUAGGACGGGGAUGUGAAACGAAGGUAUAAGCAGG